AUGAAUCCGGCAACUCCAGACCCUGCGGUGCUAGAUGCGCUUCGUCAAAUCCAGCACACACAAACACAGUUACUAACGGCUGUUGAAUCUCUCACCGAGAGGGUAGGUGCCGAGGAAUCUGAUCCAGAUGGCUCAUCUCAUGCAAAAAUACGCUCGGAAGUGCGAGGUGGAGGGGAAUCAACAGGUCCUAAUGCCGCUGCAUCCGCCCUUCCCAUCUCGAGUCCUCGAUCCCCAUUCACAUCGCGUAUCAUUCUCACGACGUACCCAAAGCAGAUUGGGAUAGACCCUUUACGAAUGGAUUGGGGCAACCCAGAUCCGACCAAGCGAGGACCAGUUGUAGUUUCGAGAUCUCCAUCGACCAUCCGGCGACGCAAUGGUCUUGGAGGGUCCUAUUCCAUAUAUUAUGCACUAGCUGUGGCCAGCAAAGAGCUUGAUAGAGACCACAGGCCCGACUUCACCAAUACUGAACCUGCAACUCGUAUCGGCCCCUUCCCGCAAUGGGGAGAUCCCCGUAAGAUUGUGGCCAUGGAUCCUUGGGGACACCUUACGCCAUGGACAUUUAAGAAUAUCAUGGAGGAGGAGCACGUUGAUCUACGGCCAACAAUUGCUAUUACAAAAGCGCACAUGAAACUGCCUGAAUUAGAGGAGAGUGUAAAAGCCGGAAGACUCGUGCCCGAUGGCAAGGUUUGCCUAAACAAGUUAGGCGAGCUUGCUGUGACAAAGUUUGCUGUUGAACCUGUUUGGUACCUUCCAGGUGUUGCAGAAAGGUUUGGAAUUGAUGAGGCUACCCUUCGUCGGUCACUUUUCGAACAUACGGGCGGUAGCUAUCCUGAGCUGAUUACUCGCGGUGACAUCAAAGUUUUUCUUCCACCCAUUGGCGGGCUGACCGUUUAUUGCUUCGGGGAUCCAGAGAAGAUGUCGGACCAAAAUGUUCGAUUGUCUCUUCGCAUUCAUGAUGAGUGCAAUGGGAGCGACGUAUUUGGAUCUGAUAUCUGUACAUGCCGUCCGUAUCUUAUUUUCGGUAUCGAGGAAGCUGUCAAAGAGGCACAGAAUGGUGGGAGUGGGGUGGUAAUUUACUUCAGAAAGGAGGGCAGAGCAUUGGGCGAAGUAACCAAGGUAUUGGUCUACAACGCUCGGAAACGAGGCGAGGAUCGAGCUUCAGAUUAUUUUAUGAGGACGGAGAACAUUGCCGGUGUCAAAGACAUGCGCUUCCAGGCUCUUAUGCCCGACAUUUUGCACUGGCUAGGCAUUCAGAAGAUCGACAGAAUGCUGAGCAUGAGCAACAUGAAACAUGAUGCUAUCGUUAGCCAGGGAAUUCCAAUCUUGGAAAGAGUCGAGCUGCCAGAAGAGUUGAUUCCCGCCGAUUCCAGAGUUGAAAUUGACGCAAAAAUAACUGCUGGCUAUUUUACUGCUGGUAAACGCCUCACUGCUGAGGAGCUUCAAUCAGUUCAGGGGAGGAUGUGGGAAGAUAUCGAUCACUGA